UCCUGUCCGCCGGCAGCAGCAGCGCACCGAGCUCUCCAUCCAUGUGCUGAGAAGGGGAAUGAACCCAGUCAUGUGCUGCUAGAAUAGACCUCUGUGUAGCUUCAUUGUAUUUAUAAUAACCGUGUCUGGUUAGAAAGGAAGGAAUAUUUCACCCUCUUUUCCCUGAAAAUGCUUCCCUGCUCUUCAUCCGCGCAGAUGGAGGGAUGCGAGGAGGAGAGCGACGCGCACAUGCACACAGAGUGCAGCAGACUGACGGAGGAGAGAGACGAGGCCGAGAGACAACUCAAACACAUCAAGAGAGUGUCUCAGAUGGUGAUUGAGGAGGUGAGCGUUCUGCAGACUCAGCUGGAGAUCGAGAAGUCGUGCCGGGAGAAUGCAGAGGCCCUGGCCACAAAGCUGAACUGUGAGAACAGGAAGUUGAAGUAUCUGAGCCUGACGUCGCUUCCCAGUAUCUCAGACUGCAUCCCACUGGAGGCUGAGGCUGAGGCUGACACUGCAGAUGCAAGCCCUGACACCUUCACACAGUACCAACAACAGGUUAAAGAGCUGAGCGAGACGGUAAACACCUUAUUGGACGAGAAGAAGAAUUUUGUGUGUCAGAUUCAUGAACAGCAGAGACGGAUAGAAGAGCUGAAUUCACAGUCAGAGAAAGAACAGGCCAAGAUGAAGGUGCUUCGGGACAACGUUGAGCAACAACGUAAAACCAUCAAGAGAUUUAACAGAGUCUCCAUGAUGGCAACUCAGGAGUACGACGGGAUGAAGGACCAGCUCGACCUGGAGCAGAGUCUGAGAGUCAAAGCUGAGACGUACGCACACGAGAUGCUGGUGAAGCAGAAGGAGGCCAACAGGCAGAGCAUGCUGCUGCUACAGAGUGCUGAGCCCAGCAUUCAGCUUCUGAAAGCUCUGGAGGACGUCGCUGCCGUCACCAAAACUCUGGAGGAGGAGCGUCUGCAGCAUCAGCAGAAGGUGGAGAACCUGGAGGCCCAGAUGGAGCAAAGCUGUGUGAAGAAGCAGAUGGAGGCUCUGCAGAGGCAGCUGGAGCUGCUGGAGGAAGCGAAGAAGGAGGUGGACGGACGACUGGAGCAGUCAGAGAAGAAGAACAAGGAGCUGGAGAACAGAGUCCACAAGCUCCAGGAGACCCAGAAAGAGGUCGCCAUGCCGACCAGCACGGCACCCCCUCCCCCUGAACCCGGAGUGGCCCCGCCUCCCGCCCCUCCCCCGCAGCCGCCUCCUCCCCCACCUCCUCCUCCACCUCCACCCCCGCCGCCACCUCCCACCUCGAGGUGCAACCCCCUCAGCUCUCUGAUCGCCAUCAUGAGGAAAUCCUCAAAAGGCUCAAAAGCUUCUGUGAAAAGCGAGCAGCCUCCAGAUGGCGAGGGUGACUGCGUGAAGGCGAAGGCGGUGAAUGAAAUGAUGGAAAGGAUCAAACAUGGCGUCGUCCUGCGGCCGGUCAAGAGUCAGGACAGCAAGAGAGUAGCAGUAAAACCACCUCCGAUCUGUGAGGAGAAACCGCAGGAGAGCGCCAUGGAGGAACUGAAAGGCAUCCUGGAGACGGUGAAGCGGAGCCCCAGCCGAGGCUCUCAGGAGUCGGGGCCGUCGCCAUCUGGGAAGAAGGACAGCGAGCUGGAGGUCAUCCUGAGACGCCGGCGCAACAAGGCAGGAGGAGGUGCCUCCGGAGAUGAGCGCGAGGGCCAGAUGAGCCACGUCUCCUCGCUGGACAGCCUGAACGGGAGGCGCACCAGCAGCGACUCGGGCAAGGAUGCAGAGGGGCCGGGGGGGCUGAGCGUCCCCUUCGACUCUGCGGGUCCCAGGGUCAACCCAGAGAGACGGGGGUCGGGGCCCGGGCCCGUCGUGGCCAGGAGGAAGAGCUCGGAAUCGGGCAAAGAGCCCAGAGUGGGCUCCUGGCAGGAGAGGAGGUCCUGCAGCUCUCUGUCGGAGAAGGAAACCGCAGAGUCUCCCGUCAGCAACGGCUGCAUCAACAGUCUGGGGACUGAGAAGUGUGUCCAAUCAAACGGAGUCGAACACGUCACACUCGAUCAGGACGCACAUCCCACCGUCUGCGCCGGCCCGGUGAACAGCAGCACCGACGCGGAGUGCUAGGACGGACUCUGAGGAUCCCGGGCUUGUUUCCGUCACCUGAUCCGUGCUGUCAUUGGCCGAUGUGAGAGCGACGUCGUCGACGUUCACUCUCGCAUCAGAAGGGUUACAGGGUGCGGUCACACAUUAGCCUUUUUCUUUAUUGGGUCAGAACCAGAGUGGGAAAGUUGACUUUGUCGUACUUUUGUAUUUGUGUUGUUUUUUUUUCAGAUGUAAACUAACCCGUUAAAAACGUAACACGCAGUCACAUGACCAACACGGAGCUCAUUUAUUGGUUCAAGCUUUUCUCCAACACAUGUUGUAAAAGCUGAGUGAAAGUUCAGAGUUUAAAUGUCGUUUUUCUGAACUGAACACGCUGCAGAUAAACUGUUCCGAACACGCGGGGUGUGAAGCCCCUUGUAGGAGCCCCACCUCCUCAGACUGAUCCGUCGCUCGUCAGUAGAUGAGACUUCAUCAAACCUUUAUUCUCGCUGGCUUAAACCAGCUUUAGUUCAGGAAUUUAAAUUACACAUUGACAGAUAAUAAGUCCCAGUUCGUCCUCUGAAUGAUCCAACAUUCAUGACUGCGACUGCUUUCCCUCAUGUCUUCUGAUGCAAACAUGUUUUCAUACUUUCUUAUAAACAUGGCUUUCUUCUUACUCUCUGGCCUUAAACCUUCAGCCGUCUCACAGCAAAGGGUUCAAAUCACUCUUUAAUUGGACUUGCAUGGGGCCUGUGAUAUAAUUCAGUAAAGUAUUAAUGAAUAAGUAUUAAUAACUCAUUAAAACUGCAUGUAAAUAAACCCUGAAUAAUGAAUCACGAGCACACACCAUCCGCGUGGGGCUUUCUACAGUGGCUGAUGUUAUCCUCUGCCGUACGUCGCUUCUUCGCUUUGAAGGUUUCUGAAAUCAAACCUGUGGAUCCCGGAGGUCGGACUGACCCGACCGUACGAGGGAAGCUGCACUUUUCUUUGCACAGAACCUCAGUUUUCUUCAGACACUUGUUCAACGACUGCGAAGCUUUAGGUCGAUGUUUGUUUUCUAUUUGAUGCACAAAGGAUCCGUUCUUUGUGUCGUCCGAAGGAAUGCACCGUACGGUUUAGCAUCAGCUCCCUUCUUUCCUUUACUCCCAGCUGUGACGGGGCUGCACAAUUCAUUUAUUGUAUGGUCACAUAUUAGCAUUAGCUUCAUCAGUGGCUACAUUUAAACUUUGCUGCACACAGGGUUUGGAAAGAAGGCGGGUAUCUUUGAGUGGGGUUGGGACAAACUGCUAAAUUGAAAGAAAUGUCAAUCUCAUAAAACUAAACUGCAUCCAGAGUCACGGUCCAAGGGAAUGUAUUUUAUCCCGGAUUACUACACAGACACUGUUCUCCAGGGUCAAAGUUCACCUCAACCUCCAUACGUGGAAUUUCAUUAGAAACAUAUUUGGGAUUGGAACGUAAUCCGUGAGAAAAUAAUAGAUAAAGGUCAUUUUGUUGUAUGUGAAAGUCAUUUUUAAGAGCUGCAAAAACAACGAUUUCUUCUCUCAGUGCAAACACCGAUUAUGUGUUUAUGAAUAAGUGAUAAUAAUAAUAAUAAUAAUAAUAAUAAAAGUGAUAAGAAACUUGACUUUCUGAGCAAACUGCAUCCACUGAAGUCUAAAACUUGUCAAACUGUCUGUUGAGUUGUGCAGCCCUGACUGUAGUCUGCAGGGAUGUAGAAUGUCUUCUCCUCCUGAGGCUGAGGAGGGCGGCUGAGUGAAAACAAUAUUUACAGUUAGAGGUAAACAGAACACUGCAAGUAGGAAACACUUUCCCUUUCUUCCACCUUCGCUGCUGAGGCUCCCGUCCAGGUUUCAGCGUAUUGACUAUCAGUGUGUCGAAAGGCUUUGAGAGGUGGAAUGUGGAGAAGACAUGUGGCUGAUAGUUCAGGUUUAGAGGAACAACAGCAAAGACAGUAGCACAGUUCCAACCAGAUCACGCCAAACUGAAACGUUCUCAGGGUUCUCAAGAUUUCACUGAACCCACUUUGCAGGCAGCAAAACGUUUGGCAGAAACAAACAGAAAGCCUUUUUUAAACUAGUGGUUAAAUGAGGGAAGGAUUAGAGCGGGUUGGAUGGAAGAGGUCCUUGUUUUCUUUGUCUACCUCUCCACAGACACCUGCCUCUAAACCCAUCUGUCCUCAAUUACAUUGUGUGGUGUGUAAUACUGUCACAGCACUAGAAACAAGAUGUCUUCCACACGCCUUCCUCCACUGAGUCCUGUAUGCACACGUUCUGAGACGCCCUCAUUGUGUCUUUACUCGGUCAACUGUGCUCACCGUCACUUUUCACCGUGCAUUCCUUGACUUUCAUUGUGUAGGGCUGUACUGUCUAUAUAUAGCUUUCCUGACAUGUGAUGCAACAUUAAGAAAACAUUUUUUGAAGAGUAUGCAAUUACAUAAGGCACUAUGAUGCUUUCUCACCUUGUCAUUCUUUCUUAAAACACAGGAUCACAUUUAAAAGUGCAUUUUGUUGUGUGCAUUGGUUGUGUGUUAUUCUAAUGCAAAGGACCAGGAGUGAAGGAGUUGAUGAAGGCUGCACAUGAAACAACCCACUGGAAUCGAGGCCUUCAGGCGGCUGUGGAGUUGGCCUGCAGCUGGGUUAUGUUUUGGGUCCUUGUUCUGAUCGCAUAGUGUUUUACCAAGUGGCUACUUAACAAAGGGAUUUACUGUAUCUGACAGAGUUUGGGUGACUAUAGAUAUUGUGUGUGUUUGGGAUAUAAAUGGGGUGUUCAAAAGUUUUUUAAAACCUGAAUUUUCAUUUUAGCAUCACUUGAAAUAAAUUGAAUCUA